AUGCAUCUCUUUGGUGUCAUCACCAUCCACGACAUGUUGCCAGUAAAUCCCAACAACAAUCCUAAUGGGGUGCCAUUUUCUUGGGAGCAAAUCCCCGAUGAGCCCAAGGACAUGGAAUCAAGUGAUAAGACAAGCAACAUUGAUGUGCCGGUCCACCGCCAAAAUUACCACCAGUCAAGUGUCAGCCACCACAAGAAGCCACCAGUUAUGACUACGGUUGCGAUGGCGAUAGUGAUGAUGAUUAAGACAACCAAGAUUAUGGUACGAAGAGACACGGUAUUUAGUCGAGGAGUACGUGUCCAAUUCGCUUCUAGAAGCGGUUUGAGGAAGAGAGGAGAGGGAAAAACCCUAGCUACUGCAAUUGCAAUCGAAGUUAUUUUGAUUUUGCGGCUUUUAUUUGAGGGAAAAUGGCCCUGGAGAUCACCCAGUAUCUAUUGGCUGCUCAAUCACCAGAUGCAAAAAUUCGAACAGAGGCAGAGAGUGCUCUUGUCUCGCAGACUUGCCGGUAUUGUCCUUAAGAACUCCUUGGAUGCCAAAGAAGCUGCAAGGAAGGAAAAUCUCAUUCAACAAUGGGUGUCGAUAGACAUUUCUAUUAAAUCCCAGAUAAAAAGCUUUCUCCUAAACACUCUUGGAUCUUCUGUAAGUGAGGCAUGUCAUACUGCUGCCCAAGUAAUUGCUAAGAUAGCUUCGAUUGAAAUUCCCAGGAAAGAAUGGCCAGAACUUAUUGGCUUAUUACUUGCAAAUAUGACCCAACCAGAUAGACCUGCGUCCCUGAAACAGGCAACACUGGAAACACUUGGCUAUGUGUGUGAGGAGAUAUCUCACCAUGAUCUUGUGCAAGAUGAAGUAAAUGCUAUUCUCACAGCUGUUGUUCAAGGCAUGAAUGUUACUGAGGCAAACCCAGAGGUCCGGCUUGCUGCAACCAGAGCUUUGUACAAUGCCCUUGAUUUUGCCCAGACCAACUUUGAGAAUGAGAUGGAGAGGAACUAUAUUAUGAAGGUGAUUUGUGAUGCAGCCUUGGCAAAAGAAACAGAGAUUAGACAGGCUGCUUUUGAGUGUCUUGUUUCUAUUGCAGCAACAUACUAUGAGGUGCUUGAACCUUAUAUGCUAAGAAUCUUUGAGCUUACAUCCAGUGCAGUCAAAGGAGAUGAGGAGGCUGUUGCCCUUCAGGCAGUUGAGUUUUGGAGCUCCAUCUGUGAUGAAGAAAUGGAGCUUCAAGACUAUGAGGUACCUGAGAGUGGGGAUUCAAGUGCUCCACACUCUCGCUUCAUUGAAAAGGCUCUUCCAACUUUAGUUCCUAUGCUGCUAGAAACAUUGCUUAAGCAGGAUGAGGAUCAGGACCAAGAUGAUGGAACAUGGAAUCUGGCCAUGGCUGGUGGGACAUGUCUCUGUCUUGUUGCUAGGACUGUUGGGGAUGCUGUUGUGCCCCUGGUAAUGCCUUUUGUUGAGGCUAACAUUUCGAAGACCGAGUGGCGAGCUCGUGAGGCAGCCACAUAUGCUUUUGGUUCAAUCCUCGAAGGACCAAGUACUGAAAAGCUUUCUCCUAUGGUAAAUGCUGGCUUAGAUUUUCUGCUCAGUGCAAUGAAGGAUGCAAACGGCCAUGUGAAAGAUACAACUGCAUGGACACUUAGCCGUAUCUUUGAGUUAUUGCACUCACCAGCUACUGGUUUCUCUGUGGUUACCCCUGCUAACCUCCAGAGGAUUUUGGGGGUCCUGCUGGAUAGUAUAAAAGAUGCACCACAUGUGGCCGAGAAGGUCUGUGGAGCUAUCUAUUAUAUUGCUCAGGGGUACGAGGAUGCAGGGACAAGCUCCUCUCUGCUCACACCUUUCCUUCGAGAUAUCAUAACUAAUCUUAUUGUCACUGCUGAUCGAACAGAUAGCAGUGAUUCCAAGCUAAGGUCUUCUGCAUAUGAAACCUUGAAUGAGGUUGUUAGGUGUUCAAACCUUGCAGAGACAUCUCAGAUGAUCGUCGAACUUCUGCCUGUUAUGAUGUCUAAGCUAGAACAAACUUCAAAUCUUCAAAUAGUGUCAUCUGAUGACAGGGAAAAGCAAGGAGAUCUUCAAGCCUCUCUUUGUGGCGUGCUUCAGGUAAUUAUUCAAAAACUAAGCAGUGCAGAUGAAACCAAGCCCAUCAUACUCCAGGCAGCUGACCAGAUCAUGGUAUUGUUCCUUAAUGUGUUUGCUUGUCGUAGUUCUACUGUACAUGAAGAAGCUAUGCUUGCAAUUGGUGCACUGGCCUAUGCCACUGGGCCCGAUUUUGGGAAGUACAUGCAAGAGUUCUACAAGUAUCUGGAGAUGGGCCUGCAGAAUUUUGAGGAGUAUCAGGUUUGUGCCAUCUCAGUUGGGGUUGUGGGUGACAUUUGCCGCGCUUUGGACGACAAGGUCUUACCAUAUUGUGAUGGGAUCAUGACACUUCUCCUGAAGGAUCUCUCCAGUGGUGAACUCCAUCGGUCCGUGAAGCCUCCUAUAUUCUCCUGCUUUGGGGAUAUUGCUUUAGCAAUUGGCGAGCACUUUGAGAAGUACAUCAGUUAUGCACUGCCAAUGAUGCAAAGUGCUUCUGAAGUGUGUGCCCAAAUGGACGAUAAUGAUGAGGAGAUGGUGGACUAUGGUAACCAGCUCAGGCGCAGUAUUUUUGAGGCAUAUUCUGGGAUUCUUCAGGGAUUUAAAAAUUCCAAAGCUGAUUUGAUGUUACCUCAUGCUCCUCAUCUCUUACAGUUUAUUGAACUGGUUGCCAACGACCGGCAUAGGGACGAGAGUGUAACAAAAGCAGCAGUUGCAGUUUUGGGUGACCUAGCAGAUGCACUUGCUGAAAGAAACAGCCACAUGGACCCAGGGGAUGCUCGGACGUGCCUUCUCUGUCUAUGGGUGAAAGGGAAUCAUGGAUUAUGA